AUGCGUUGCGGCUUUGCAGCUCUGGUGCUUGGAGCUGGGUUGAUAUCGUUGAAGUAUCAUGGUGUCGCAGCUGUUCAACAAUGUCGGUUGCAAAUAUCAGCGAACACCAAUGGCGGGAGCUCAGGCACACCGUCGUCGCCGUCGGCAAGCACAACGGAGGCAAGUAGUACCACAAGUACCUCCCCAAGUAGCAGUCCCUCUGCUCUCCCCCCAUUUCAGUACGGGAAGGCGCCGGUAAGGGGAGUGAACCUUGGGGGAUGGUUCGUACUGGAGCCCUGGAUAACGCCUAGCAUAUUUAACAAUACCAACAAUACCGCCAUUGUCGAUGAGUACACAUUCGGCCAAUACCUAGAAGGAAAUGUCGCGCUCCAGAUCCUGCAAGAUCACUGGAACACAUGGAUAACCGAGUCCGAUUUCAUAGCCAUCAAUGCAGCAGGCUUGACCCAUGUUCGGAUACCCGUCGGAUACUGGUCCGUUCCGACAGGAGUCUCUGUUGCGCCUUUUAUCUCGGGCGCAUGGCCUUAUCUCCUGCGCGCUCUCCAAUGGGCCCGGAAGCAUUCGAUCUAUGUGAUCCUCGACCUCCACGGUGCACCAGGCUCUCAGAAUGGAUACGACAAUUCUGGGCAGCGGACCAGCAACCCAGUUUGGGGGGUGAAUCCUGAGAACGUGACGCGUACACUGAACGUGUUGAGCGUCAUCGCCAGCGAAGUUGGGGGAAUGGUUGAUAUUAUUGAGUUGCUGAACGAGGCCGCGGGAUUUACUGGCGGGAGCUGGCCUGCGACUAUAAGAAGCUUUUGGCAGGAUGGGUACGUUGUGGUGCGAAAUGCGACUGGUCCAAAUGUGAAGGUGAUGAUUGGAGAUGCAUUUUUGGGUGUUCAAAGCUGGACGGACUUCUUGACAUAUCCGAGUGCGCAGGGUGUUCUCAUGGAUUAUCAUGACUAUCAAAUAUUCAGUGUCCCAGAACUUUCUCGCUCACAAGAUCAACAUGUCGCGUUUGCGUGCACUCUUCUUCCAGGUCUUCAAUCAUUCGCAAAUUCCAACCUUUGGACCUUGACGGGCGAAUGGUCGACGGCCAUCACCGAUUGUGCAUUGUGGCUCAACGGACGCGGAGUUGGCUCCCGCUGGGACGGGACGUACGACAGCACGCCGGCAUUAGGAUCGUGCGACGGGUUCACUGGUGACUCGUCGAGCUUUUCUAGUUCCUACAAGGCUUUUCUCCGCAAAUACUGGGAGGUUCAGGUAGAGAUUGGGGAGAGUUUACAGGGAUGGGCAUAUUGGACGUGGAAGGCAGAGAACGCUGACGAAUGGAGUUACCAGAAAGGCCUUGAGGGGGGGUGGAUCCCGAUGGAUCCUUCUGACAGGUUAUACCCGGGUUUAUGUAGUGGGAACAGCACGGGAGAUUGA